UUUUAAAAUUUAUUAAUGAUGGAAAAAUUUCCUUGACAGAGUUGAACACAGACAAAUGCAUCAUAUUAUUCAUUAUUAGUUGUAUUCCUUUCACACCUAGGAGGAGCUCCGGAACAGCUCCGGGGCUUCACGCGCUUACUCCUUUCGAAAAGUGUUUGUUGCACCACGCAUCUGUUCCCUGCAAAUCGGGGGCGACUAAUCACCGGAACGAGUAGCUCGAGUGUUUCAAACUCUUGAAAGGAAUACAACUAAAAUAUUAUGGAGGAUUUGAAGUUAAUUUAUAGAACACGAAAGACAAAGACAAAAGUGAAAAAAAAAUUGGGAAUAGAACGUGGUAGGGUCACGGCGGUUGACUGUUAUUUUGAAACAAAACAAAUCAGCUGUUUUGAAAUUUUUGCUCCGACCGUUCCGAUCGUUCGUGUAUUAAUUUUUCACUCUAAUCAGUCUAAUCUUUCCUAGAUCACGUGACAAAGAUUUGUUAUUACUCCACUCCCACUCCGUGCUGAAUAGCCGAACCUAGCUCUAGUGUUCUGGUUUACCAAUAACCCUUUUCAGGUGGCUCCGGUUUAACAAACCGCAACACACCAACACACCGCUCAAAUUCGAGUGGUAGGUAUCCAACACGUCACUUUGUAACCGGGUUAGAAAACGGUAUGUCAUUUCUCUAACCGUUUUGUAACCCGGUUAGUUGAACCGGAGCCACGUGAAAAGAACUAAUACGUUGUGGCGUUGAGUUUUAUAAUAUGCGCAUGUGCAGAAUGAUUCUGAGCUAGUUCUGAGUGAAACCCAAAACAAUUAAUUUUAUUAUGAUUUCUGAUUGUGGUUAGGUUUUACCGGUUUUACUGGUAUUUGUUUUUUUUUUAUACAUUUGAAUAUACACCUCAAAAAUGAAAUUUGAAGCAGUAAUGAACGAAGACACUGCUGUGAGAGAAUUUUUAAAUGUUUCUCUAAGCCUGCAAAAAUUAGGAAAAGCUUGCAUCCUGAGACUAACCAAAAACAAAAUGUACUUUAUAGUGUCCGAGGAAAAAUUAGGCCCUAGACGUCCCAUGGUCUGGUGCGAACUACCUGUUGCAUUCUAUUUUAAAGAUUACAAAAUCCAAGAUAACGAUGAUAUUAUUUUAGAAUUAUCCACAUCAUUAUUGGCCAGAACUUGUUCGAUAUUCAAACAAAAUGCUAAAAUGAUAAAAAUGAAAUUACUAACACCUGCAGAUGCGACUUAUUUAACUUUUGAAAUGGAAUUGAUGUUAGAAGAAAUGCGGAUUCGUAGAUGUGUGCACGAUAUCCCAGUGGAAUUGGUUGCAAGAAAAUACUGGACCGACUACAACGAAGAACCGGUAUUCAACGAUUUUCACGUCUCAAUUCAAAUGCCCAAAUUGAAAUCCAUAAAAAAUGUUGUAGAAAAAAUCAAAACUCUCGGCCAAAGUGUAACUGUUAGUGCCAACAGAACGGGCAAACUCACUUUGGAAAUUAAUACCAACACAGUUAAAUUGGCCGCACAUUUCGCCGAUUUGAACGUCAACAGUUUCGCCCAGGAGGAAGUUUCAAAUAUAAAUGAGGACGAUGAUAAGGUGUCGGCAACAGUAGACUUGAAACAACUCGUGAUGUUCCUUUCUGGCAUGCAACUUAUGGAUUGUCCAUUGGCUGUUUGCAGUAUUGUCCAAGGAAAAAUGGUUAAAUUGUUUUUGGAAGAACCGGGAAUAUUGAAAUUGCAAAUAUUUAUGUUUGAAUUAACUAUUUGAAUAGAUGAUUUCAAAGGA